UCUUUUUUUCCUGCUUUUCUGCUGCAUUGACCUUCAGGAGGCUGUGAGCUAGACUUGGCCUGCUUUUUCCAGUUGAUCAAUGAAAUGGGGGGUAUGCAGCAGGUAACUGACCUCAAGAAAUGGAAUAAGCUGGCAGAUAUGCUGCGUAUCCCCAAAACUGCACAGGACAGGUUAGCAAAACUGCAGGAAGCCUAUUGCCAGUAUCUACUCUCCUAUGAUUCCCUCUCUGCUGAGGAGCACAAGAGACUGGAGAAAGAAGUUCUCCUUGAAAAGGAGAUUCUGGAAAAGCGGAGGGGUCCUUUGGAAGGACAUUCAGAUAACAACCAUGAAUUCCAGUCUCUGCCCCGCUACGAGCCCAAAAACGGACUCAUCAAUGGCGUUGUUCAUAAAAAUGGCUUCCGGAACAAAGCAAAAGAAGUUGAGGUCCCUCAAAAAACAGGUAGGCGGCGACUCUUCUCUCAGGAAAAGGAGACCACAAUGGAAGAAGAAGAAGAGGUUGGUGUUCUUUGUGACCUCCACAAGUGUAUAUACAAGGGAAGGUCUGUUUCUUUAACAACUUUUUACCGAAUAGCAAGAAACGUCAUGAGUAUGUGCUUCAGUAAAGACCCCACAGCAGCAGAAAUAGAGCAAGAAUACUGGAGAUUAGUAGAACAGAAGGACUGCCAUGUAGCAGUACACUGUGGAAAAGUGGACACUAAUACCCAUGGCAGUGGCUUCCCUGUGGGAAAAUCGGAACCUUUUUCAAGGCAUGGAUGGAACCUGACAGUCCUUCCUAAUAACACAGGAUCCAUCCUGCGACAUCUUGGUGCUGUGCCUGGAGUGACAAUUCCUUGGCUAAACAUUGGCAUGGUCUUUUCUACCUCAUGCUGGUCUCGAGACCAAAAUCACCUUCCAUAUAUUGACUACUUACACACUGGUGCUGACUGCAUUUGGUAUUGCAUUCCUGCUGCAGAGGAGAAAAAACUUGACAAAGUGGUACAUACCCUGUUGCAAGCCAAUGGCACUCCAGGACUGGAAAUGCUUGAAAGUAACGUCAUGAUCGCCCCAGAGAUAUUGUGCAAAGAGGGGAUCAAGGUGCACCGUACUGUACAACAGAGCGGGCAGUUCGUUGUCUGCUUCCCAGGAUCUUUUGUGUCAAAAGUAUGCUGCGGUUACAAUGUCUCUGAAACUGUGCACUUUGCUACCACCCAGUGGACAAGCAUGGGUUUUAAAACUGCCAAGGAAAUGAAGAGGCGACAUAUACCCAAGCCAUUUUCAAUGGAAAAGCUGCUGUAUCAAAUUGCGACAGCUGAAGCCAAGAAAGAAAAUGGUUCUGCUCUGAGUACAAUAUCAGCCCUUCUGAGAGAGCUCAGGGACACAGAAUUGAGGCAGCGGCGGCAGCUAUAUGAGGCCGGUCUCCAUUCUUCAGCUCGCUAUGGGAGCCAUGACAACAGCAGCUUGGGAGUGGACGGGAAGAAAAAGCCUCGAAAGUGGCAGUUAGAGACAUCCGAAAGAAGGUGUCAGAUAUGCCAGCAUCUCUGUUACUUAUCCAUGGUUGUACAGGAAAAUGAAAAUGUUGUCUUCUGCCUCGAAUGCGCCCUGCGGCAUGUAGAAAAACAGAAGUCUUGUCGUGGAUUGAAACUAAUGUACCGUUAUGAUGAGGAACAAAUCAUCAGCUUAGUCAAUCAGAUUUGUGGCAAAGUAUCUGGCAAGAACGGCACCAUUGAGAUCUGUAUCAGCAAGCCUACACCAAAAAGAGGCCCGCGCAAGAGAGCAACCCUUGACGUGCCAUCAUCAAGACUUUCAUCCUCCAGUUCAUCCAAAAGUGCUUCAAGUUAAUCAUGAAGAUGCCAACAGUCUCUCUCAUUUUGGUCGAUUUUAUAUAUAUUUUUUGUAAUUAUAUCAUAGUUUGGAGUAUUGCUGUAGAUUACAAGCUG